AUGUUUAAAGAUACUGGUCGUGAGACUAAGACGGCUACGGAAUAUAGACUUUCUAUUUCCAGCAAUCCAGGCUCAAGAAGAUCAUCUAUUGGGGGUAGUGGGGACCAUGCCGGAAACAACGGGGUAGCUAACAAUAACCUCGGUAGUAAUGAAAUGAGAGAUACUAGUAUGGUGGAUACGUUUUUGCUACCGCAGAUUCAAGAGUUGACAGACUCGGUAAUUACAUUGGAUUCUAAUUUCACACAUAUGAAUUUUAUACAUGAAUCGCUUGUGGAUUUAAACGAAUCGGUGAGUGCGUUACUUUAUGGGCUUAUGUGCAAUUCCUGGUGUGUCGAUUUCCCUAACCUGCCACAUGAUACCGCAGGAGAGCUUGCUAUAAAGAAGGAAUUGAACCAGCUGGCGCGUGAACGUGAGAGUUUAAUGGCGGAGUUGCAUGGGCUAGACAAUGAGCCGUCCGCAGUGCUUCAAGAAAAGGAACCCAAUGCAACAAAAUCGAAGUUACAGUUCGCAAAGCCUUUACACCCGAGUAUGUUCAGUACUAUGAUGACCACGCAUAACGUUGUUACCGAGGAGGAGGAAGACGAGGAUAAUACUGCUGCGUCCUUUGUUUCUAAUCCAACCAUAAUGAAUCUAAAGCCGCCAACAGCAGCACCUACGAAAAAUGCUGCCAUUGCGGGCCCUUUGACAGCACAUACAAAAUCCAUGAAGAAUAAGAGAAGAUACUCCAUCCUCAACCAAAUCCGGAACAUCGAUAUAACAGGGCAUAAAUCGAACAACUCGAUUUUUAAGAAUACCACGAAUUCAGCAGUUUCCCGAACCCGCUCAACCACACAUCCUCUUCCCGCGUCGAAUAACGAGAAGAGAAAGUCGUUAGCUGUUAGUGCAAGCAGAAUAUCUAACAAGAGACCCCAGCAACUGCGACCUACCAGCGCCGUUAAAGCCGCUGCUACAAGAAGAAGACAUAAUAUUACCAAUCCCACAAACAGCGGUAUGGUCCCACACAGUGCCUCGGCUGCGACCUCAACCUCUCAUGCAGUAGCCAGCCGUCCACCAUUUCGAUGA